AUGGGUGAUCACAACAAUAUGGAUGACCUCACUGCUGCAUUGGCACUCAUUCAACAACAAAUGCAGAAUCAGCAACAGCAGAUGCGGCAAACCAUCCAAAAUCAACAACAAGCUGCUCAGGAACAAGCAGCCGAGAACGCCGCACGAGAGGAGCGUGGUGCUCUUAUUGGGGAAAGAAACCUUCCGCGAAACUUCGCAACAAACCGCUCUCCCAUCAACCCUCCACCCUGUACUCGACAAGAUUAUGGGAUCAAACCUGCACUGAUAGGUCUGGUACAGAAGAGCACAUUCAGCGGCCUCACUUCAGACAUACCAAUGGACCACAUAGAGGCAUUUGAGAGGAUUUGCAAUUUUUCUCGCUCUAAUGGAGUGCCACUGGAUUAUGUCAAAUGCACGCUGUUCCCAUUCUCUCUCAAAGGAAAAGCUUCUCGUUGGCUGCAAUUUCUCCCAACCGGUUCUCUAACCUCAUGGGACCAGGAAAGGUACAAAGAGUACCAGAGAGAGUGCCCACACCUUGGGUUUGAUGACGAUUUCAUAUUGGAGGUGUUCUACGAUGGAGUGAGUUACGAGUUCCGGAACACCCUUGAUUCCUCUAGUAACGAAGACUUCAUGACUCAAACCACACCUGGUGCGUUCGUGCUGAUUGAGAACAUGGCUUCGAGUUCACUCAAUAAGAACAAGGAGCAUGAUCGCUCCAAAAGUGUGAACCGUAUAGAUGACCUAGCGGCAAAGGUGGACCAACUGCUUAAGGGAAACCAGAGCCAGGUUUUUACAAUGGAAGAAGCAACUCCUGAGAAGAGUGCAGGCGACAAGGCGUUUGAAGCUGAACAAGCAGGAGACGAUCAGCAGGAAGUGAGCUACGUAAAUGGGCAAGGGUGGCAGCUGAAGAAUUACCACCCAAACCCUAACGUAAGGAACAAUCCACAGCUUUUCUGGCCUAAGCAGGACAAACCAGUUGAUCCGGCGAAGAGCAACCAAGGUCAGUAUGCGGGGUAUCAGAAGAACUAUCAACCCCGAACCUAUGUUCUAAGCCAAACACAGAACAAUCAACCUCAGAUGCAGAACCACCAGAACAAUCAAGUCGCUACUUCCACCCCUGUCGCUGUUCCGCAAGAUGAAACUAAAACCAUGUUGCAGCAACUCCUCCAAGGACAACAGCUCCAAGGGAAAGCUCUGAACCAGAUAGCUCAGACUGCCGAGAGUGUCAAGAGGCAGCAAGGUACUCUACCUGGUAAAACAGACAAAAACCCCAAGGAGUGCAAUGCGGUUAAGCUAAGGAGCGGGAAGCAACUUUCCGAGCCAAAAAAGAGGAGGUUCACCGCGGCUGAGAAAGGGAAGCAGAAAGAGUCGGAACAACUGCCAGCCGAUCAGGCAGAUGAGAGGAAUACACAACCAGCACUUGAAACAAGUUCGCCAGGGCCAGAACAACCAGCUGAAGCGGUGCGCCCGAUCCCAGAGGCUCUUCCUCCUCGCGAAUACAUUCUUAAGGUCCCUUACCCUGUUCCAGCAAGGGCCACUCAUAAGGACAAAGAGGAAAUGAAAUGCAGGAAGAUGCUGGAGGACCUAACCGUCCGACUCCCCUUGAUGGAUGCAAUCCAGAUGAUGCCCUCCAUGCGCAGCUUUAUGAAGGGAUUGAUCUCAGGAAAAAUAUCAGAGGAGAGCGAGUUCAUGACGGUUUACAAGAAGUGUAGCGCAGUGCUUCAGAACAGGCAGAUAAAGAAGCGAGGAGACCCCGACAAAUUUGUCCUCUCUAUCCAGAUUGGGAAGACAGUUUUUGCAUGCUCCUUGGUUGACCUUGGGUCCAGCGUGAAUCUCAUGCCUUACUCUGUGGCUCGACGUCUAGAAUACACGCAUUUCAAACCAACUAAGAUGUUAUUGGUUGUCGCAGAUAGAUCAGCCAAAUCCCCGGUUGGUAUUCUAGAGGAUCUCAAAGUAAAGGUCGGGAACACCUCUGUUCCAGCACACUUCGUUGUUCUAGAACUGGAAGAAGAGUCUAAAGAUCCUCUCAUCUUGGAAAGACCAUUCUUAUGUACUGUUGGAGCCAUCAUUGAUGUGCGACAGGGGAAGAUUGAUUUGAAUCUUGGAGACAUAGUUAUGUAG